AUGUUUGGCCGUGCACCUAUACUUGUGCUCCUCACCACGCUUCUUGUCCUCGCGCGCUCCGCAACCGCGCUCUACUUCUACCUCGAACCCGAUGUUCCGAAAUGUUUUCUGGAAGAGCUUCCCAAUGACACAGUCGUCGUGGGGCACUACAUGACCGAAGAGUGGGACACCACUCUGCAACGUUUCGUUGUCAAGGACGACAUGGGUGUUCACGUUACUGUUCGAGAAGUCAAAGACGACCACGUCGUCACCUCGUCCCGGGGUCCGCCCGAGGGCAAGUUCGCAUUCACCUCCCACGAAGCCGGCGAUCACCGCAUCUGUAUGCAGGCCAAAUUCGACGGUCGCACCGCCGUCCAAGUGCGAAUGCAUCUCGACAUUGUCAUCGGCGACGCCAAACCGGACAACUCCCACAAGGACAAGAGCCACGUCCAGGAUCUCGCACAGAGGGUCAGAGACCUCAAUGCAAAGCUGAGAGAUAUCAGAAAGGAACAGCAGUACCAGAGGGAGAGAGAGUCACAGUUCAGAGACCUCUCCGAAUUGACCAAUUCCAGAGCCAUGUGGUGGAGCAGUCUCCAGCUCGUAACCCUCCUUGGCGCAUGCGUCUGGCAAUUGAGACAUCUUAGAGGCUUCUUCGAGGACAAGAAGCUGCGCUGA